CUAAACGGACAUUUAUUUUUAUGCUUUGCCUACUUCACGUUUCUUUUUUCAAUAUAAAUACAAUUAGCAGCCUCGGCGCACGCCUAAAAAUACAACAGCCUUCGCAGAAAAAUUACAAAAUAAAAAUGGGAUCGUAUCACACCUCAAGACCCAAAUUUUUAUUUUGAGGUCUCGAUAUUAUCAUGACCCGUUCGAUACAUAUCCAAUCAAAUCGAUUCCAGCAAAGCCGUGUCACAUUUUUAUUUUCUGGUUGCUAAUUGUAGCAGCAGCAGUAAUGGACAAUAUAAAUAUUUAUUUUUUCUCCCGCGGACCUGGCAGAAGGACACCCGAGGAAAAUUUCGGGCUUAUGUAAGAGAAGCGCGAGCUGUGGUCUCAUUACCAAGGCCACCUAACCUAGCCAGGCCUCGUCUAUUUCGUACAUUGAUAAAUACAUUGAAACAAGGCUCAAUUUUCGCGACUGAUAAUUAUUUUAUCUAAACGUAAAUAGGAAACAUUCCACAGCCAAUUCAAUAAUCGGUCGCACUUGCACGAGGAGACAACAGUGGACAGAGCAACAAAUAAUCAACAAACAAACAACGGAAAAGUUUUGUUUUUCUCAAUACAAUAAUAAAAAUGUCGCCACCGAGGAUCUGGGCCGUGAGCGAAGAUGGAGAAUACGAUUAUGUCUCGCUUUCCCCGAAGACGCUGGAAGGUGGAUUGGAGGUGAUGAGGAAAUCGUUUUUCCUGCACGAAAGCGUAGCUGUUGCAGUGGAGUUGCACAAAUAUCCUGAGGCCAUCAAAGAACUCGAAGAGUUGACUUUGCGCGCCGCUCGGGAUGGAGUUUCGCUGGUCACGGUGGAAAGGAAAACGGGCAAAGUUGUCGCUGCCGCCUUCAACAAACUCCAGGUACCAGCUAUGCCUGGCGAAGAUAACUACUUUGAAAAAUACGCAGCCAAUUGCAAGCAACCGUCGGCGAAGAGUUUGGUCAACUUCAUGAUCGAAUCGGACGCGGAAUGCGACCUGUUCAAGCACUGCAACGUCGACUGCCUCCUCGAGAUCAUGUUCCUGGCCACGCUGCCGGAAUACAGAGGUAAAGGAUUGGCGAAGAGGCUCUGCGAGAUCUCCAUCGUCAUCGCCAAGCAGCUAGCAUCCGGCGUCAACGUGAAGCAAUCGCUGAGCGGAGAGAAAUUGCCGAUCGAACCGGUGCCGCAGAUGGUCUCCGCUAUCUACACCUCGUACAUCACGCAGAAGAUAGGCAAGGCGUUGAACUUCACGAAGGCCGUUGAGAUCGACUUCAACAGGUGGAGCUUCGAUGGUAAAACGUUCGCCGAACGGAUCGGACCGAAGACGCCGACCACUACUCUAGAAUACUAUCGGAUAUAGAAGUUACAUGAAGCUCUGCUGAGUGACGUCUAUAGUCAUCAGCUCAUCCGGAUAUCCUAGAUCGCAGAUCGCUUCAUCCGGACACAAGGCGUACUUCCUCACGCUCACCAACUUAUACUGACCCACAGAUCUACUCAACCACUCUAGAUCUACAGUGAUCACCUUUAAUGUUUCAAGCCAAUCUAAAAGAAUACACAGUUUCAAUUAAUUAAGCC